CAUCAAGCUACAAGAUGCCAGAGUGACCGCAAACAUCGAGAGGAAGCAUCAGUUGGCCAUUUGCAUUCAGCCGCUAUUUUAUCAAGCCGAUUGGACGCUUGUUGUGCAGUUCUUCGAGGUACGCUUUUUCAAACUUUGUGUGACGCUUCUGCUUCUUUCAAAAUGAACACAACCCGCAUUUCUUCAGCAAUCGCACAGUUGAAAAGUAACGGUUCCAAUGAUUCGUUAAUUCCUCACGAAAAGCAAAUAGUAAUAAUGAAAAAAAGAGGAUGGGGAUAUUAUAUCUGUUUCUUUUCGGUGGGCGAAUGUUUUACAUGCAAGGCAUCAGCAAUGCUUCUUCAGAUAUGGAUCGUCCAGGGUGUUACCAAAUUCUAUGUAUACAUUCAGUCGCUUGCGCCUGAAGUUGACGCUCUUUUGCGUGUCUAUGAAAACGAUAGCACCAUCGACGUGGAGCGCGUUCCAUGGUCUGCUUUCCCAACAGAAGGCGAUUACUAUUCUAAAACAGAAAACGAUCCGAAUCAUCGAACGUGGAGACUUGAGGUGAUAGUUAAGCUACAGAUAGAAAACAAUCAAUGGGAUGAGAUUACAAAUGCAGAAGAAUUUAAUUUUAACGCUCUAAGCAAUGUUUCGGUGCAAAAAUGCGUCUACCAGCGUGAUGAACGUAGCAAGGUAUAA